AUGUAUGUUGAUGAUCUUGUUACAGGAGCAGAUGAUGUAUCAGAAGCCUUAAAAACUUCAAGGGAAGCAAAGGAAAUUAUGCGUGGAGCUGGGAUGAAUCUACGCAAAUGGGUGACGAAUGAUUAUCAUUUAGCUAAAAAAUGGGAAGAAGAAAAUUUUGAUAUUCAUCCCCUAAGCUCAAAUGAAAAGAUACUGAAGGUAUUAGGAAUUCAAUGGAACAUUCAGGAAGAUAGUUUGAGUAUAGAGACUUCUUGUUUGACGAAAAUUUCGAGGAGAAAGAAAAGUACCAAACGCUUCAUCCUCCAAACAGCUGGAAAAAUAUAUGAUCCUCUUGGACUCAUCACACCAUUCACUGUUAGAAUAAAACUUUUACUACAAAAGCUAUGGUUACGUAAAUUACCAUGGGAUUCUGAGCUUCCUUCUGAUUUGAACGACGAGUGGUCUCGGUGGUGCAGCGAGCUUUCAGAGCUUAGUAACAUUAGUGUUCCAAGAUUUGUUUUGGAUUCAAGUGAUGAAAAUAUAGAGAUCCAUGUUUUUUCUGACGCAAGCCAAAAGUCGUAUGGUGCAGCCGUUUACAUAAAAGUACAGAAUCGAGAAAAAAAUUUCUGUGCAUUGAUUGCUGCAAAAUUGGGAACGGAAGUUAAAAAGGUUCUAGAUCGUAAAGGUUCAUCUAAUAUCUUUUUUUGGAGUGAUUCUAAAGUUACACUGUAUUGGAUCAAAGGAUCAAGCAGGAGAUGGAAGACUUUCGUUCAAAAUCGCGUCGACGAGAUUCAGAAGUUGACUAAUCCAGAUUCAUGGUUUUAUUGUUCAACCAAAGACAAUCCAGCCGAUCUUCUAACGCGUGGAGUUAGUGCCUCUUCUCUAGUGAACAAUUCUAAGUGGUGGACUUGUGCAGAAUUUUUUACAGAGCCGAAUCUUCCCUACAAGUGCUUAGAACCAAUAGUUCCAGAGGUUGAGAACCUAACACCAAGUGAAAGGGAAUCCUUUGUGCAAGAAAGCAAAAGUUUGAGUGACAUUAAUGACAUUUCUGAGAGAACUAUGUUUAUUUGUAAUUGCAGGAAAGGUGAAUCAAGAAAGGUAGGCCCUCUUCAACUAGAGGAGGUGCAAGGAAUUGAAAAUGCGGUUUCUGCUGCACUUACUGAAAAUAUUAAAAGUGCUAUUGCAGAAGCAAGUGACACUAAACCACUUAAAGAUAAUAGCCUCCGACUCCCUAAUUACAUUCGCAUCAAGAUUAGACAAAGCAACAGAAUGAGAAAAUCCUAUCACGUGACCUGGGACCCACGAAUGAAACGCAAAAUCAAUAAACUUAAUAAAGAAACUCAGAAGGACAUAAAAAAUUAUAGAGAAGAAUUAUGGUGCGAGAAAUUAAUUAAUAUUGACACUAGAGAUGGGUCAUUAUGGACAAUAAUUAAGAAUCUUAAAUUUCACUAUACUACAAAUCGCCCUCUUACCCACAAUGGAGCUCUCGCAGUCACUCAUCAGGAUAAAGCAAAUGUGUUUGCUACCUACCUAGAGGAACAAUUUACAUCCAAUGAAUGGCCAAAUAACUUUGAACAUAACUUUGAAAUAACUUUGACUUUGAACAUAGCACAUUGA